UUGAAAGAAGAGGAUCGGAGAAAGUUACCUAUCUUCUAAUUAUCAAAAAAAAAAAAAAGUUCCCUAUCUUCUGCAAAACAUUUCCUUCGUUAAAACUUAAAAGACCAAAAUCGUUUGUUGGAACGGAGGCGAACGGAAUUGUCUUCUACAGUCAACACCAUAUUCCUAAGUUUCUCUCUUUCUCUGCAUUUCGCUCUCAAGAUCUUUGCAAUCCCAAAAAGAAGCAAAAUUCUUUUUGGGAAAUCGAAUGGCACCUGGCGAGGGUAUUGACUUGUCAACGUUGCAGUCACAGCUAAGUGAAACUCAUGAAAUGGAAAGACACAAACGCCAGGUAGAUUUUCUGCAAGACAAAAUUACAGAGUUAAAGGCUUGCAUACAGGGGUCGGAGGAGGAAUCAAAGGAGGUAGAUGUUCUUUGGCGAAGGGUGAAAACUACUGCUACAUUAUUGACUUACUUGAAAUCAAAAGCAAGAGUAAUGGCAGUUCCUGAUUUGGCCCAUAAGUCAUGUGGCAUAAAACUAAUGGAAGGGGUGGGGCUUGUGGAUAAGGAAGGUAUACCGUUGUCUGGAUGGUCAAGGAGCUCUGAUCUCUCUUCGUUUGACUAUUUAGAUGAGGAAACCUGGCUUGGAAUUAGUAAAAAACAAGGUUCUUUGGAUGAACAAGAUGGAGCUUAUAUUGGUGAAUUAAUCAAAUCUGUGCAAAUGGUCACGGAUGUAAUGGAAGUUCUUGUUAAGAGGUUCAUCAUGGCAGAAUCUGAAACUGCUAUUGAGAAAGAGAAAGUAACUUUGGGUCAGGCAGAAAUUAGAAGAAAAGCAUUCCAAAUUGAGAAUAUGUCUUUAAAGUUGGAAGAGAUGGAAAGUUUUGCAAUGGGAACAAAUAAUAUUCUUAAUGAAAUGAGGCAGAGGGUUGAGGACUUGGUUCAAGAAACUUCUAUACAGAGGCAACAGGCUGCUGAAAAUGAGCACGAACUUUCUCGUGUAAAGCAGGAUUUUGAGUCUUUGAAAUCUUAUGUUAGCAGUCUCAUUAGUUCUAGAGAAACUCUUCUUUCAUCGGAGAAGCAAUUCCAAACUAUUGAGAGGCUUUUUGAACGGCUAGUUGCUAAGACAACACAGCUAGAGAGUGAGAAAAAGCAGAAGGAUGAUGAUGUUCAAAAACUUAUGGAAGAGAAUGUAAGGCUGGCUGCACUUCUCGACAAGAAAGAAGCUCAACUUUUGGCCAUGAAUGAACAAUGCAAAGUAAUGGCCCUAAACUCUUCAAAUAUAUGAUAUGAUCUCAUUUUCCAUCUCGUUCUACUGUCUGUCGGACUGCGGUUCCUGGUUUCUUAGUGCCAGCUGGCUAGAUGAUCAGCCAGAUAAAUAUAGGGUGGUACAAGUAAUGCCGCGUAGGUGUAUUUGUCACCAGUACUCUCUUGAAGAGAGCAUGGAACUUGAAUUAGUGCCAUUGCUGGGCUUUCGUAAAUUGAACCGGUAUGUGUGGAUGCUUCUUGUUGUGCUAUCAGCACACAAAUUCGGUGUUUGACGUUGAAGUUUAAAUUGCCAAACUUUUCUGUAAAGGCAAGUUAUCUAGAUGUGAUUGUCUAACCACCGACCUUUUCAUUUCAGCUUAAAAUUAUAAUGCUCUGUUCUGAUACAGAAACACGGUGAAUCUGUUUUAGGCCGGAACUGGAUGAUAAACUGUGUUUUUCAUGCUUAUUAAGAUGGAUGGCUUGGAUGAGAUGAGUUGAAAAGUGCUUGGAAUU